UCAUGGCGACUAGGAUGAGUUUUCUGCAUCUUAUCACUGUGUCAUUGGUUGUGCUGCGAAAUGGUGUAGGUGGUUUUUAUAUUCCUGGAGUGGCAUCUGUUCAGUUUCACGCUGGCCAGAGAGUUGAUGUUAAGGCUGUGAAGAUGACCAGUGUUAAAACGCAACUGCCCUUUGAGUACUAUUCUCUGCCAUUUUGUGAACCCAAGGAAAUUGUUUACAAGGCAGAAAACUUGGGGGAAGUUUUGAGAGGAGACAGAAUUGUGAACACACCAUAUGAGGUUUAUAUGGACAAACCAAGCCCAUGUAAGGUGUUAUGUGAAAAAGAUGUGGAUACGAAACUACUGGCAGAAAGGAUUCGCCGUACCUAUUAUGUUCAUUUGCUCGUGGAUAAUCUGCCUGCAGCCACCAAAUUUGCACUGAUGGACACAGGAGAGUUUCAGUAUGAGCAUGGUUACAAACUAGGAUUUGUCAAGGAGGACAAGGUCUACAUUAACAAUGAUCUUCAGAUUAUCCUCAAAUACCACAAGAUUGAUGAUGUCUACAGAGUUGUUGGAUUUGAAGUUGAAGCUAGAAGUGUUGACUACAGUAAUUAUGAGAUUUUGAAGGAGAACGAGUGUAAAAUUAAACAGAGUGGCAUACCCCAGCAGGUUAAUGAAAAUGGAAACACAAAGAUCCGCUUUACAUACUCUGUUACGUGGCAGGAGAGUGAUGUGCAGUGGGCAUCACGCUGGGACACCUACCUGGCCAUGAGCGAUGUACAGAUCCACUGGUUCUCCAUUAUCAACUCUGUUGUUGUUGUAUUUUUUCUCGCAGGUAUCUUGGCCAUGAUCAUGGUGCGCACACUGAGGAGGGACAUCGCUCGCUAUAACGAAAAGGAAGACCUAGUAGGUUACAGAGAUAAUAUAAUGGAAGAGACAAUGGAGGAGACAGGCUGGAAACUGGUUCAUGGCGAUGUAUUCCGACCUCCCAAACACACUAAACUGUUAGCCUCUUUGGUGGGAGCUGGCAUUCAAAUCUUCUCUAUGUCACUCAUCACUGUCUUCUUUGCGAUGUUGGGAAUGUUGUCCCCAGCCUCACGAGGUGCCCUGAUGACAGCAGCCAUUUUUCUCUAUGUCUUCAUGGGAAUGGUGGCUGGGUAUUUCUCUGCACGACUGUACAAAACUAUGAAAGGCGUUCAGUGGAAACGAGCAGCUUUUCAGACUGCUAUCAUGUAUCCGGGGAUCAUCUUUGGCGCUUGUUUCAUCCUGAACUUCUUCAUAUGGGGUCAGCACUCAUCUGGAGCUGUGCCCUUUACCACAAUGUUGGCACUGUUAUGUAUGUGGUUUGGAAUCUCUCUGCCCUUGGUAUAUCUGGGGUAUUUCUUUGGAUUCAGGAAACAGCCUUACCAGCACCCAGUAAGAACAAACCAAAUACCAAGACAAGUCCCUGAGCAAAUGUGGUACAUGAAUCCAUUUUUAGGAACACUAAUGGCAGGAAUUCUUCCAUUUGGUGCUAUGUUCAUUGAACUUUUCUUCAUUUUCACUGCGAUCUGGGAGAACCAGUUUUAUUACCUAUUUGGAUUCCUCUUCCUGGUGUUCAUGAUCCUCAUUGUCUCUGUGUCACAGAUCUCCAUUGUGAUGGUCUACUUUCAGCUCUGUGGAGAGGAUUACCAUUGGUGGUGGCGAUCAUUCAUUGUUUCUGGAGGAUCAGCCCUCUAUGUAUUUGCCUACUCAAUAUUUUAUUUUGUAACAAAGUUGGAGAUUACAGAGUUCAUUCCAAUGCUUUUGUACUUUGGGUACACAUUUGUGAUGGUAUUCACCUUCUGGCUUCUCACUGGAAGUAUUGGUUUCUAUGCUGCCUAUGUGUUUGUGCGGAAAAUUUAUGCUGCCAUUAAGAUAGAUUGAGGAGUUGAUGGAGACCUUGAGGAGUACGUAAAAGCAUAAUGGAGGAGAAGUGUAGAAAAGAUUUUGGAUAUAGAAUUGUUUGGAGAGCAGUAGAGAGAGUAAUAAAACUACAAUACCCAGGUUCUUGGACAACUCUGCAAAUCUAGUUAUUCUUGUAGAAUUUUGAAAUAUCCAGUUGAAUUCCUGAGUUCAUCAUUUUGGAGGAAAACAUGCCUCUAGUGCAGACUGCUUUUGGAUUUAAUCGGCCUUCUACAAAGGAGUAAGUUGGAUACAUAUGACAGAGGAAACCAGAUGCAUGUUAGUAGAGAGGAAGCUUUGUCACAAGAAAUACUUACGUACGCCAACAGAUUUACUGUAUUCAUCUUAACCUUUACCAGGACAAAAAAUCCAGCACACUCAAGGUCUCUGUGUAUAUUAUGGGGGAACGUAAAACAUUUAUUUAAGUUGUAAAUAGGGCAGGGCUGGGGGAGGGGGCAUCUAUAAAUACUUAUGGACAUACAUAUAUUCAUAUAUUUAAUAUCAUUUUUUUUUCUGGUCCACUUCCUGGUGUUGCUCAUUUACAAUGCCAAUUGUUUCAUUUUGGCUCUGUUUUCAGUUGUCGAGUGUUUUAGUACCAAAUUUAGUACAGCUUAUGUAGGGUUAAAAAAUGUGUUAUGGAACAGUUGUUGGAAAUUGGUGUUGCUCAUUUACAAUGCCAAUUGUUUCUCUUUGGUUCUGUUUUUAAGUUGUCGUGUGUUUUAUUACCAAAUUUAGUAUAGCCUAUGAAGGGUAAAAAAUCGAGUUAUGGAACAGUUGCUGGAAAGAGUUUCGCUUUGUGUGUAUUUUUGAAUGGCAACACCACCAGAGCAAUGUCCCGUCUUUGUGAAUUGGGUGACUGGUAAAUCUUUACAUUCAGCACGUGAAAUGAUCCCAAACCAAUCACAGUUAUCUUCUGAAUGUUAUUCUUCAGUUUUGUUGGAUCUUGAAAUGUGUGAAAAUAGGGAAUUCACUGAGUAGAUUCUCCUGAACACAUUAUCCAUGUUAAAGGAUAAACAAGUAGCGCUGCCAUGCCAUCACCCUGUCUGAUGUGUUGUAACUAAAUGACUAGUGGGCCUCAUGUGAAUGACCUCCCUUGUCACAUGACAUCAUCAAUGCUGUAAAUCGUUUUAGUUAUUGAGGCGUGAAACUGAGGAGUGGUACCUCACAGACUGUUGCAGGCCGUUGCUUUAUGUCGUCAUCAGCCAUUGAGAGACGCCGAUUUAAAAUGAAGUCUUUAAGUUUUUCAGCUUGGGUAGGAUAUACAUAAUUGACGCAGUUCACUGAAGCAGUUGUCUGACACAGUGAUGUCUAUUGUACAUGUUUUUUCAUUAGGGGAUUUCUGCAUUUCUUCUAAAUGUCUUUAAAAUAAUAUAACAUUUAUCGUGGGCUUUUAUUUUAUAUUCUGGAACCCAUUUCAUUGACUGGUAAUUUACGUUGCGGUGUGUCAUUUAUAAAUGCUUUCCAUAUGGUAAAGGGCAUGAAACAGACUGUAUGGUAAUCUGUGUGAGCCUUUUUUGGACUGUGUGCAUACAAUAUAAAUUCAUAAAAAGGGUCUUUUAAAUGGAGAGUUUUACAUCUGCUAAAUUAAAUUAAAACAUAAUGAUUAUUAAUGAAUAAAUGUUACAAAAGUGACAUUACAAAAUAGAAUUACAUAUAUAUAUUGGCUAAAAUGAGUAGACCAGGUGUCCCAAAGUUUAGAUGAAAGCGGGUUCAUUACUUUGAUCAGAAGCCUUCCUUGUUUGCCUCAAAUUUUUCAUAAAUAAACUGACAUUGAAUAUGUCUGUGGUUUAUUAUGGAGCAUGUCUGGAUGUCAAUUUGCAUAUUGUUAUUCACCAGUAUUUGUUGUUUGAAAUGGUCAUUGUAUUGACCAUCAAGAUUAAGAAAAUGGCACACACAUUUUGGCAGUUCAAUAUAGCGGCAGUCAUUGUUGACAGUUCAUACUUUAAUAAUCUAAAAGAAAUCAUAAAUUUGGAUGGGUUCACUUCAUCUACUCAUCUGUUCAUAUAUAAAGCAGAACUCAUUUUGCUUUGGAGCUCAGAGGAUCAGGCUUUCUUGUGAAUGUGAAAAAAAAAAAAGUACACCUCUAAGAGCCCAGAAUAACAAAAAUGAGAAGAUAGAUUUCCCCAAGAACAGCUGGCAACAGCCUGAGGGCUUCUUUCCACACCCUUUCAGUGUUAUACCUGGUUGUUAUGGG